AUGGGAAACCAAGUCUCGGCCAUUGACUCCUGUCGAGUCACAAAGAAAGUAAAGAAGCGCACCAAGCUUCGAGGAAUGUUCAAUUAUCCAAACGGGCGAAACAUCCGCGAGGAGCACCGUCUGCCUGGAGCAAACCAAUGGGUGACUGUCUUCUUCAACUGGGCUGAUCACAAAUACAACGACGAAGAAUUGAUGGAUCUUGUGGUAGCUCGCAUCAACGCCCGAGACGGUAUCAUUUCGUCCGAACCCGUCCAUCACGAUGUCAAAUGGUGUCUAUCGCUACGUGUCCCAGGAUACUGGAAUCCUACCGAUGUUUCGAUUGCCGGCGCGGCCAAGGCAAUUGCUCAAUGGCAUCAAAGUGAAAUGCGCCAUGCCGGGAUGAAGAUCAACCGAAGAUAUCUGUUCCGCGGGAACAAUGUUCGAAAAAAGCGUCACAUUAUCUCACCAAGGCAGGCACCGUCGGUAUCACAUGACAAGACAAGGCUUCCUAUUUUAUUUUUCUUUUACUUUUUCAUUCUCAUCUCAACGUUACUCUUCGACUCCUGGCGUUCCACAAUGACUUGUCAGGAUAAGGAGGGUACUCCGUUGCCCUACACUGCCUCACCCAUCAACUUGCUCUGGAGCGACUUGUCCCUGUUUGUUUCAAAGUUAUGGGCACUUCCAGGUAUCCUACUGCCCCUGAAUUUAGCUCGCACCCAUGAGUUGGAUGAACUCUAUCCGUCGUUACGCAAUGGAGCUACUCUGUUGAUCCAUAUAUUUCUCGUAGUCUAUCAACUUGUUUUCCUGCUCUCGCUGCCGAUAAUGGUUGUCUGUAUGGUCCCGGGAAUAUGGAUUCUUGCUUAUGCUGCUAUUGCUUUCUCUACCAAUUAUGCCAUUGUCAUGUUGAUGUUGAACGGGUUCCAGCAGGUCCUGGUAUCCCAAGUCCCUGUGGUCGAGCGACCAGGUCAUGAGCGGGAGCGUUGGCUGUAUAUAAAUGGAGUUGCAGCUGGGCACCACUGGGUACAGAUGAACAUCGAUCAACUGUCAUACAUCUUUGGUCGGAAAGUGACGGGCGUGCACAACCGCACCGCGGGCAUUGUCUUCGAUCUCAUCGAAUGCUUGAUUCAACGGGAUUUUGCAUACGCUACUGGCGAUAUACGACAAUCUUAUGCCUUGGUUAAGGAAGCUCUCUUGGACCCAGAAUGUGACAAGGUGGUUCUGCUUCUUCACAGUCAAGGCGGUAUUGAAGGGGGACUUGUCCUAGACUGGCUUCUGGAUGAGCUACCACACGAUCUCCUUCAUCACUUGGAGGUAUAUACAUUCGGAAAUGCCGCGAAUCACUUCAACAACCCGCGAUGGACAAAGCGUACAAGACCACAAAGGACUCCAACACCUGGUCUAGUGCAACAAUUUGGUCAGUCCAUCGGCUAUAUUGAGCAUUACGCUAAUGCAGGCGACAUUGUGGCUCUGGGCGGAGUGCUCCACUUUGUGGACAUCCCAAAUCGAUAUAUGGGCCGCCUGUUCGUCCGCCCGAAUUCAGGCCACCUCUUCAACACGCAUUACCUAGACAACAUGUUUACUCUAGGCCCUGAUAUGAACGUCCUUGACUCCAAUCCAUUCAUGGAUAUGGAAGUCGAGCCAUGGGCAACCGCAGGUAUAAACGGUAUGAACGGAUAUGAUGGCCCUCCGCACCGAGUCAGAUAUCAACCCACUAUGGCCCGAGACGAGGCGUUUCUUCCCGUCGUACUGAGCCAGCAACGGUCACAAACCAAUGGUGUGGAUCAAGUACUGCGUGUGAAGGACUUCAGCCGGCUCUGGCAGUACAGAAAUGGAGGACGCCCGAAAGACACAGACGCACUGCAUUAUAAUGACAUCCACGAACAUGUCCAUUUUUAG